AUGGACGGGCAGAGCCUGGAUAAUUCCUCCAACGGCCUCUCCCACCGUAAACGUCUAACCAAGAAACCUCCGUCGUCGCAUCACCACAACUCUGCCCUCAGUGUCGAUGGUCGAAUUGACGCCCAACACCCUCUGCUGAGCAAGACCAGCUCGACGAGCCUGCGGCGAGCCCCAAGCGCUCCACCCGCCCGUUCUCCCACCUUCAACGCGUCAAGCAGCUCGUCGCCGCGGCAUCUGCCCUCGUCCUCAACGGCUUCUCGAUCGAACCAUCCCUCUCCCGUCCUGCCUGGCAGCGAGUUCAUUGGCGCCAGCCCGCACCCGAGCCACCACCACCAGCAGCACCAGUACCAACACCAGCAACAACCGGUGCACAACGUCCACCAGUACCAGUCGCAGCCCGCCACCGUCGCCCGGAAAAAUACAAAUCGCAACUCGGACCCCCACUUCCACGGCCAUCUGAGGUCUCAGCCGUCCGAAGAUUUCGUCGGCGCUCCCUUUGACGGUGCGGCCAUCAUCAACCGUAUCGAGGCGAUCAAGUCACCGACCCAGCCGGCCUUCCCAGCUCACCCAGCGCGGCCCGCGCCCUCAGCCCCUUCGCACAUGACCCCGGAUCAGCGCAUCAUGGGUCCGCCUCUUCGCCAAUCUGCCAGCUUCUCGGCGGCGGAUAACAUCGCCAGCGAGAAGAGCCAGGUCAGCAAGAUCUCAGAGACGCAGAUUGCUGCCUCCAAGAGGUAUUCCGACGAGAGCAAGGAUGCCAAGCUGCCUGGAGUGUUGAGGAAGAAGUCUGGUUUCUCGGGUUUCAUGACGAGCUUGGUCGGUUCACCCCGCAAACCGUUGAUUUCGGCGCCCGAAAACCCUGUACACGUCACCCAUGUUGGGUACGACAGCAACACCGGCCAGUUCACGGGACUACCCAAAGAAUGGCAACGGUUGAUCAACGAGAGCGGUAUCACAGAGAAGGAGCGGAGAGAAAACCCGGAAACGCUGGUCAAUGUCAUCAAUUUCUACAAGGAAACGCAAGAAAGGCCACAUGAGGAGCAGAACCUCGAAAAGUUUCACGAUGCCCGGCCAGGACUCACGAGCAACCCCUCUUCCUCGUCCAAUAUGGCGUCACCCAGCAUGCUCCCUCCUGGCUACAUGGCCAUGUCUCCCAUGAUCAGCCCGCCGGCGAGCCCCAGAUUUCCCCAAGUGAAUCAUGAAGGCAGCUUUGAGAACCCUCGAUCACCGCCUCCCGUGCCCAGAGGACCAGGCCCGCUGCCGGCCAAGGAUAUAUCCUUGAUCCCAACUCGGCCUGCACCGCGACCGCCAGUCAGUUUGCCCACCAGGACUGCGCCGCAAGGACCACCUAGCGCGCCCUUCACGGCAAUGGACUCGGGCAUCGGCAUGUCUUCACAGCAGAAUGAGGACUUGCCUUCGGUAGCCUACAACCCCUCGCAGCCGAAGGACAAUGCUGCGAUGCUACCAGAGGAACAUCGCAACAGGUCGAGGUCCAAUUCUCGUGCAACCGCUCCCUACUCGCCGCAACCCCCACAGCCCUCUCCCGCUGUCCAGGCUGCAUACCAGCAACAGCUUAUGCAGCAGCAACAGGAACAAGCCAUGGCUCAGGCCCAGGCGGCCAUGUCCGGCCAGCUGGGGCGCGCUCCUAGCAAGAGACAGCCUCCUACUCAGCAGCCGACCCCGCCGCAGUCGCAGCAUCAGUUCCCCACUGGUGCCUCAGCCAACGGCGCCUCUCGUCCGCCGCAAGCUGCCCAGGCUGCGGUCCCGGCAGCCGUCCCGCGUCCACGACAGCGCGCGCGACAAAGCACCAACCUAGAUGUGGUGGCAGCUUUGAAGCGAAUCUGCUCGGAAGGCGACCCGCACAACAUCUACCGGAACUUCUCCAAGAUCGGCCAGGGCGCCUCUGGCGGGGUUUUCACGGGCUAUGAGAAGGGCACCAACCGGCUGGUGGCGAUCAAGCAGAUGAAUCUGGAGCAGCAGCCCAAGAAAGACCUGAUUAUCAACGAGAUCCUCGUCAUGAAGGACAGCUCACACCCCAAUAUUGUCAACUUCAUUGACAGCUACCUCUGCAAUGGAGAACUGUGGGUGGUCAUGGAGUUCAUGGAGGGAGGCAGUCUGACCGACGUGGUGACGUUCAACAUCAUGACGGAAGGUCAGAUUGCCUCGGUAUGCCGAGAGACGUUGAAAGGCUUGCAACACCUUCACUCUAAGGGAGUGAUUCAUCGGGAUAUCAAGUCGGACAACAUCCUCCUCUCCCAAGAGGGCAAUAUCAAGCUCACUGAUUUCGGUUUCUGUGCAACAAUCAAUGAGGCUCAGAACAAGCGGACGACCAUGGUCGGCACCCCGUACUGGAUGGCCCCGGAGGUGGUCACGAGGAAGGAGUACGGCCGCAAGGUCGACAUCUGGUCGCUGGGUAUCAUGGCGAUCGAGAUGAUCGAGGGCGAGCCCCCAUACCUGACUGAGUCUCCCUUGCGUGCGCUCUGGCUCAUCGCUACCAACGGUACGCCGACGAUCAAGGAGCCUGAGAACCUGUCCAAGGUGUUCAAAGACUUCCUCUGGUUUGCGCUCAAGGUAGAUCCGGAGAAGCGGGCUAGUGCACAUGAUCUCUUGAGGCACGAUUUCAUGAAGUCAUGUGUCGAUCUAUCGCAGCUGGCGCCUCUUGUCAGGGCCGCAAGAGAGGCAAGGGCACAAGAAAAGGCCCGGAAAGGACAGUGA